UUGUAUGCAAUGAUGAUGUUUUGUGAUGGAUAAUGACAGCAGCAGCUGCAGUUAAAAGCCACGGUGAUAUGAUAAUUGUAUGAUUAGUUCUAGUUUUUAAAUUAUUUUCAAUGAACAAAAUACAGUAUUGAUUGAUGCGCCAGUAACUUUCUAACAUUCAGGUUGAACAUUUCAGAGUUAUCAAAGAUGGGAUUGACCAGGCAAGAGGUGAAUCUGAGAAGGCUCCUGUUGAAAUGUGAAUUGAUGAUCAGCAGCAAUCAGAAGGACGACAGAUUCCCAAAAUAUGUUAACUCGUUGGAGGAUAUGUUGAAAGACAUGUUGAAGGUUCCAGAAAAGCCUCAUGAAGAAAUAUUGAAUGAUUACAAAAGGCGCAUUUACAAUGUCAAAGUGUCCGCUGGUAUGGAGACAGACAGUGAUAGGCAGUUUCUUUUAAAUGAAAAGAUCAAUGAGGAACCAAUUGCUAGAAUGGAACUGUUGGGAUUGAGGCAAAGGAAAGCAGAUAAACAAGACGGACUUGAUGAUUUGGAUCAAAUGAUACAUUAUCACCAAGACGCGCAGGAGAAGAUUGCAAACGAUAUGUUGCAGUUGACGCAGAGCUUGAAGGAGCAAUCGCAGCUGGCAAAUAAAAUUAUUAAGAAGGACACGGAAGUCGUAAGCAAAUCAUCACAAAUGACCGAGCAGAAUUUCUCAAGACUGAAAGUGGAAUCGAGCAAAUUGACGGAGCAUUCCAAGAGAGCCUGCAAAUGUUGGAUGUGGAUAAUGUUAGUCAUUGUUUUAGCUGUUUUCAUUAAUAUGGUUUUGUUCAUGAAAGUAAUGAAAAAGACGAAGUAA